AGAGAAGACAAAGGGUAAGGCAAUCUGAGGUUUUAGCAAGAAGGAGAGGCCACAAUUUAUUACAAAUCUGCAAACAGAGCUAAAACCCUUAUCCUAUCUAUCUCAUUGCUUCCUUUUUACAAAAACUUUUCUUACAUUUCUUUCCUUCUUUUGCUAGCUUUUCUCUUUCUAAAUCCUUCUUCCUUCCUGAGUGCAAUUUCUUGCUACUACAAAUGGUUUUUUAAAAGGGUAUUUGAAAUUAAUUAGUCCAGAUUAUAUAUUUAUAUAAAUAGUUAAGAAAAGAAACAAGAAGAAAGAAAUGGCUCCAAGGUCUGGGAGAGGCAAGUCAAAUAAAGCUAAGGCAGAGAAGAAAAAGAAAGAGGAGAAAGUGGUAGCUCCCAGCCUGCUUGACAUCAUUGUGAUUACUCCAUAUGAUACUCAAGUUGUUCUGAAGGGUAUCUCCACUGAUAGAAUACUUGAUGUGAAAAAGCUAUUAGCUAUGAAUGUAGAAACAUGCCACCUUACAAACUAUUCUUUAUCUCAUGAGGUCAAAGGGCAUAGAUUGAAUGAUAGAGUAGAAAUAGCUACCUUGAAGCCCUGUUUGCUGAGAAUGGUUGAAGAGGACUACACGGAGGAAGCUCAAGCCGUUGCUCACGUCCGGAGGCUUCUGGACAUCGUGGCCUGCACCACCAGGUUCACCAGGUCUAAGCGAUCAUCGCAAUUAACGCCGACAUCAGAAUCCAAAUCCAAAAAGGUUAACACCAGUCAUACUGGCAAUGGUUUCCACUCCUCAACAUCGCCGACUGGGGUGGCGUCUGUUGCAUUGGCGGGACAGGAGAAUAUGGACAUGGCGGAGAUUCAACCAACUCCAAAGCUCUCGGAUUUCUAUGAAUUCUUCUCCUUCUCUCACCUCUCUCCUCCCAUACUCAAUUUGAGGAGGUGUCACAGGAAGGAUCAAGAGCAGAGUCGCCAAGGUGACUAUUUUGAAAUCCAGAUUAAAAUCUGCAACGGGAAACUAAUAAAUGUGGUGGCAUCAGCCAAGGGGUUUUAUACUGUGGGAAAACAAUUUUUUCAGAGUCUCUCCCUGGUGGAUCUUUUGCAAAACCUGAGCCGAGCUUUUGCCAAUGCAUAUGAUUCCCUUAUGAAAGCUUUUGUAGAACAUAAUAAGUUUGGUAAUCUUCCCUAUGGAUUUCGUGCAAAUACAUGGCUUGUUCCUCCACCGCUAGCAGAGUCUCCAUCAGACUUCCCGUCGCUGCCUGCAGAAGAUGAGAGUUGGGGUGGCAAUGGUGGAGGGCAAGGAAGAAAUGGUCAAUAUGAUCUUCGACCAUGGGCGACAGACUUUGCAUUAUUGGCUAGCCUACCAUGCAAGACUGAGGAGGAGAGAGUGACACGAGACCGAAAGGCUUUUUUGCUUCAUAGCCAAUUUGUUGAUGUUGCAAUUUUCAAAGCUGCUGGAUCAAUACGUCGCCUCAUUGAUUCCAAUAGACAUGCAAAAGCAACAGUAAAUUGUACUUCAGGUGCAAUAUUGUUUGAAAAUCGUGUGGGGGACUUAUCCAUUUCUGUAAAACGUGAUGUGGCUGAUGCAAGCUUGAAGUCUAGGGAAAAAGUUGAUGGCCAUCUGUUAUCUGGUAUCUCUGCUAAGGAAGUUGUUCAAAGGAAUUUGCUUAAAGGUGUAACUGCAGAUGAGAGUGUAGUUGUUCAUGAUACUUCUUCAUUGGGUAUUGUCAUUGUGAGACAUUGUGGGUACACUGCAACAGUAAGAGUUGUUGGUGAUGUGAAGAAGAGAAAUUGCAGGGCUCAUCCUCAAGAUAUUGAAAUCAAUGAUCAACCAGAUGGAGGGUCUAAUGCUCUUAACAUUAAUAGCUUAAGGGUUCUGCUUCACAAGCCUUGCAUCGAGGAAUCAUCUGGAGGUCAGUCAUCUCACAGUUCCUUGGAUAAUUCAGAAGCGUCUAUGCGUCUUGUUCGACAAGUAAUUAAAGAGAGUUUGACCAAAUUGGAAGAGAUGCCAAUUGCUUCUGAAAGGUCCAUCAGAUGGGAAUUGGGUGCAUGUUGGUUGCAACAUCUGCAAAAGCAGGAAUCUCCAACAGAUACUGAUUCUAAACACUCAGAGGAGGAUACUGAGACUGAACAUGCUGUGAAAGGUCUUGGAAAGGAAUUUAAGUUUUUGAAGAAGAGGGAUAAAAAAGAGAGUGUGAAUAGCACCAGUGAGAAGGGAGAAAAUAAAACUGGUCCUUGCAGACUAAAUGUGGGAACUAAUGAAGGACAGCAUAGCAAUGGGGAUUCCUACAGUGAGAAUGAAUUGAAGGAAUUGAUUUCUGAAGAAGCAUUCUUGCGACUGAAAGAAACUGGAACUGGCCUUCAUUUAAAGUUGGUGGAUGAGCUUAUCCAAAUGGCAUAUAGAUAUUAUGAUGAAAUUGCUUUGCCAAAGCUGGUAACAGACUUUGGCUCACUUGAACUUUCCCCUGUUGAUGGCCGUACACUGACUGACUUCAUGCAUUUAAGGGGACUACAGAUGCACUCUCUGGGACGAGUGGUUGAAUUGGCAGAUAAGCUUCCUCAUAUACAAUCACUUUGCAUCCAUGAGAUGGUUACUAGAGCUUUCAAGCACAUUGUGAAAGUAGUUAUUGCAUCUGUGGAGAAUUUAGCAGACCUAUCCACAGCUGUAGCUUCAUCCCUAAAUUUCUUAUUUGGAUCAUAUGGCAUAGAAGAUAAUAACCAAAAUAUGAAGGAUGACUAUGUUCUCAAAUUGCGUUGGUUACGGACAUUUCUUUCUAGAAGAUUUGGUUGGUCUUUGAAAGAUGAAUUUUUGCAUUUGAGAAAGUUAACAAUUCUCCGAGGACUUUGCCAUAAGGUUGGGUUGGAAUUGGUUCCAAGAGAUUAUGAUAUGGAAUGCCCAAACCCUUUCAGGAAAUUUGACAUUAUUAGCAUUGUUCCUGUGUGUAAGCAUGUGGGAUGCUCUUCAGUUGAUGGACGAAAUUUAUUGGAGUCAUCCAAGAUUGCUCUUGAUAAAGGAAAGCUGGAGGAUGCUGUUAAUUAUGGAACAAAGGCACUAGCAAAGAUGAUAGCUGUAAGUGGCCCGUAUCAUCGAACUACUUCAAGUGCUUAUAGUCUUCUAGCUGUAGUUCUCUACCACACUGGAGAUUUUAAUCAGGCAACUAUAUAUCAGCAAAAGGCUUUGGAUAUUAAUGAGAGAGAACUUGGGCUUGACCAUCCGGAUACAAUGAAAAGCUAUGGAGAUCUUUCUGUGUUUUACUAUCGUCUGCAACAUAUUGAGUUGGCUUUGAAAUAUGUGAACCGAGCUUUGUUCCUUCUUCAUUUUACCUGUGGACUGUCUCAUCCUAAUACUGCUGCAACAUACAUCAAUGUGGCAAUGAUGGAAGAGGGAACGGGAAAUGUUCAUGUAGCUCUUAGAUUUCUGCAUGAAGCUCUAAAGUGCAACCAGAGAUUAUUAGGCGUUGAUCACAUACAGACAGCUGCAAGCUACCAUGCAAUAGCCAUAGCUCUGUCAUUGAUGGAAGCAUAUUCCCUUAGUGUUCAGCAUGAGCAAACUACUCUAAAGAUACUUCAAGCAAAACUUGGACCAGAGGAUCUUCGUACACAGGAUGCUGCUGCAUGGCUUGAAUAUUUUGAAUCAAAGGCUCUAGAACAGCAAGAAGCUGCACGAAAUGGAACUCCAAAACCAGAUGCUUCCAUUGCAAGCAAAGGUCACCUUAGUGUAUCAGAUCUCUUGGAUUACAUCAGUCCUGAUCAAGAUUCUAAAGGAAGUGAUGCACAGAAGAAACAGCGACGCGUGAAGGUACUGCAGGUUAGUGAUAAAGCCCCUCAAGGCCAUCAAGAUGAAAUAGUUGAAGAUGCCAUGCUCCAUGAAAGAUUGGAAAAUGCAGUAUCACUGGCCAGUGGCAACACAGAAGAUGCGAAUGUGGACAUGGUUCAAUGUGAAGAAUCAGAAGGAAAAGAUGAUGUUGCUAUGUGCAGGCCCACAGUUGCAGUUGAAGUUGCUGAAGAAACUGUAUCAGAUGAAGGAUGGCAAGAAGCCAAUCCGAAAGGGAGAUUGGGGAAUUCUGGUGGCAAGAAAUCUGGUCGUAGACGACCAACUCUUUCAAAGCUAUAUAUAAAUCGUUCUGAAUAUGCAAAUUUUAGAGAAAGCAGCUACAGGAGGGAAAUCAUUUCCUCAGAUAAAAAAGCAAUUCCCAGGACCAUUACCAUUACAGCUGACUUGCAAGCACUAAAGCAAUCAAAAACACAUGGGAUGAGUGUAAUGGAGGAAUCGUUGAAACUGCAGGCAAAAUCUUGUGUACCUAAAAUGUCAUUUUCUCCAGCAAACCUGUCUGCUAUGGCUUCUAAAUCUGUAUCUUACAAAGAAGUGGCUGUUGCACCGCCUGGUACUGUUCUGAAGCCAUCACUGGAACCAGUAGAUGAAUCAAAUGAGAAAAAUCCCCAAACACAAACAUGCAGCGUCCCACAUGAGACAUCAAUGGGGGAGGAAAACAACAAUGCCUCUGUUGUUAGUGCACCAGAUGAUCGUGAAACAGAUGAAAUUCAUGAUAGUGGAGUUGAGUCGGAAAAAUCUGGAUCUGAACUUGUUGAGGCUCCUAAUCAGGAAAAGUCAGAUGAAACAAAUGGAAGUAAGCUUUCAGCUGCAGCUGAACCAUUCAAUCCGGGAGCACUCUCUAUAGUUCACCAAUUAAAUUCAUUUGCCAUGACAAGCAUUUAUGACGUAACAGCUAGUCAAACCAUGCUUGCAGAGCCUGUGGCGCCUCCACUUGCUGCUAGAGUUCCUUGUGGACCUAGAUCACCGCUGUACUAUAGAAAUACAAGAUCGUAUCACAUGAAACAAGGUUUGCUGAGACAGCAAACUCCCAUGACCAUGCCUGCUAGGAGCAUGAAUCCACAUGCACCUGAGUUCAUACCCAGGAAAUCUUGGACAACAAAUCCUAUAAAUAAAGAAUCAAGUGAUCCAAAUGAGUUGAACUCUUCCCUGGAAAAAAGCAAGGAAGAAGAGGAGAUAUUAGAUAAGGAAUCCAGCAAUGCUGUCAGAGAUGGUAGUCCAAGAAACACGAGCUCCGAGUCUGAGAAGGCAGAACUUGCUAGGCAGAUACUUCUUAGCUUUAUUGUCAAUUCAGUUCAGCAUAAUGUUGAUGCUGGAAGUGAGCCCAUAGCCAUUGAGAAGAAGUUGGAAAGUUCUGAAAGUUCUUCAGAUGCUAUUGCAAAUGACAGUGCAAUUAUAAAAAUUCUCCAUGGAAACGAAGGAAAGACAGAACAGGUUAGUCAAUCGAGUGAAAAUGAGCAGUCUAAAACGACAGAUGUAAAUAAAAAGAAAAAUGAUGAUGGCGAAGGAUUUGUUGUUGUAACAAAGAGGAGAAGAAACAAGAAGUUCACAAAUGGGGUAACUGAGUUGUACAAUCAACAAUCAAUCUGUGCUUCUGUUCGUUGAACAUUGAGAGGAAAAAUCAUACAUGGAAAGAAAAAAAUCACUGGAAAAGGUGAUGUUGUGCUUUUCUUGUAUUCCUGAUAGAGCUCUUUGCAUAUAAUAAUGAUAGAAAAACUACGUAGAAGUGAAGUUUUUAUCAUAAUCUAUGUUUAAUUGUAUUCAUUUA